AUGGAUACGGGGAAAGCCGGCUCAAUUCUCGAAGGUAGACACCGGCGGCAGAGGCGAAAGUCUAUUUCGAUUCUCGAAGGUCGAUUUCAAUUAUCGAAGGCAGACGGAGGCGGAGGUGUGGAUGAAGGUCGAAGUAUCAAAGAGACGUCAAACCUUGUGGGACGGAUUGAUUCCAAAUUGGGGUCGAACCCCUGUGGUCAGUUUUUUCAAGGCUUGGAUGGGAAGUUCAAAAUCGAUUUUCGUACGAAAACUCAAUUAACAGGCCAACUUGAAUCGGCCGUCAUUUCAAUCAAUGAAACCCUAACCAUGUCUAAGCAAGGAGGAAAGGCAAAGCCCUUGAAGCAGCCUAAAGCCGAGAAGAAAGAGUAUGACGAGUUCGACAAGGCUAACAUCCAAAAGAAGAAGGAAGAAGAAAAGGCUCUUAAGGAGCUCAAGGCGAAGGCUCAGCAGAAAGGAGCUUUCGGAGGCUCAGAUACACGCGAAGACGAUAAACCAAAGCAGCCAAAGAGACUCGACACGAGCUUCAUCUUUAUAGAGCUUCGACUAUCUAAGUAUGUUUGCAAGGAAGAUUAG